UUCAAAUAAAAAGUAUAUUAAAAAUUCCAAACAAAAAAAAAAAAGUUAAUAAAUCAAGCGAGAAAAAGACUCCAGAAAUUCCUCUGAGAAUUUCGACAAUGAUGAUGAUAAAAUACCAAGGAACUUUUUUAGUUUGUGUGGUUUUGUUUACCUUCAUGGUGGAUUUUGUCCAGUCUAAACAACGAAAGCAAAACAUAUUACAAUGUCCACCAACAUCCAAUUGUACGUGCAUGGAGUACAAUGAGCUUCAUAUUCAAUGUCCAAGAUAUGAAGCACAUGUUUUUGUUCGUAUCAUGAACAACAAUAAAGUUUACUUUGAGUGUGAUAACAUGAUGGGUAACGAAUAUGUAUUGAUCCCUGAGAUAGAAUUAGAUGAAGCUCGUUUUUUACAAGUCAUGAGAUGCCCCCUCCCACAUGGUAAAUCUAUUGCAUCGUAUCUGAAGAAUAUCCGAAUUGGUCGCAUACGCUUCUUUCAAUUUGUUAGCAGUGGUGUUAAUCAGAACAUUCCAAUCGAAGCUCAACAUUUCGAAGGACUUGGUGAUAUCGAGCAAUUCGAUCUUCGAGGUAUAGAGAAUGAGAUAAAAGAACUUCCUCAUAAUCUCUUUACUUCUAUGGAAAAUCUAACAUGGGUCAGGAUACGAGUUGCUAACAUUCACUUGCCCGUAGAUCUCUUCGCACCUCUCAAAAAUUUGGAAUUCCUUGAAUUGGGUCACAAUAAGCUACAAACUCUUGAACCAGGCUUUUUACGUAAUCAACAAAAACUUGUCCAUUUAAAUCUCUGGGGGAAUUCUUUGCGAAAUCUAAGUAAAAAUUCUUUUAUUGGUUUGGAAAUGGUAAGAGAGCUCGAUCUCAGUACCAACAAUAUGGAGAAGCUGAAAUCUGAUACAUUCUUUCAUCUUGUUAACCUUACGGAAAUAAAUUUAAGUAGCAACAACUUUUCAUCACUUCCGGCAAGAUUAUUCGCUAACAAUAAAAAAUUAAAAGCUCUGAAGUUACUUGAAAAUCGAGUCCCGCUGAGUCUUCCCAAUAAGUGGCUUGCAAAUCUCAACAGUCUUACGACUGUUUACAUCAAAUGUGAGCUGCAAAAUAUUCCUGAGGAUAUUUUUGAAGGCUCUCAUAAUAUUGAAAUCAUACAUCUUGCAAACAAUGCCAUCGAAAAUCUUCCAGAAAACUUGUUAGUUAAUCAAAAUAACUUAAGGGAAUUGGAUCUGACUGGUAAUAGAAUACCUGAGCUUUACGAUGCUGUUUUUUUGGGAUGUUCGUCACUAAAAAAGCUUUCACUGACAAGAAAUCGCCUCAAAAUUAUUUCCAACUACUCAUUCAAACCACUCUCGAGACUGACUCACCUUUACUUAAAUGACAAUCAAAUUCUUAAAAUUGAGCCGAAAGCUUUUAAAGGGAUCACAUCGGUUGAGUUUAUAACACUUGAGAAUAACAAAUUGAAUUUCCAAAACGGAGAGGAAAUAAUUUAUGAUGGUGUUUCUAUUAAAACUGAUACUGGACCUUUUCAGAGUCUGCAAAGACUUGAAUAUUUGAAUCUCGGAAAUAAUUCAAUAACAGCAAUAUUCGAAGAUUAUACUUUAAUGAGUUUGAAGACAUUGAAUUUAAGCAAUAACCAAAUAUCUCGAUUAUCGACAUCAGAUUUGGAAUCACUCACAAGAAGUGGUCCCACAAUUGAUCUGACACACAAUCAAAUCGAGGAAAUAAAUUUUGCACAGGAUAUGGAUCCUACUAUGUCAGCGGUCAACGUUCUAUUGGAUGAUAAUCCACUUGUCUGUGAUUGUCGUAUUUUACAUUUUAUUAAACAUUUAAAAAAGAUAAGCGGUAGCAAAAUUGAAUCAAACAGUAACAUAGAAGUGUCAGUUGGGAAUUUAAAAUGUGCAAAUCCUGAUAAAAUGGCUGACAGAUUUGUGCGUGAUAUAAAUCCACUAGAAUUGAUUUGUCCCUUGGAUAAUAUUCAGACAGCAAAGAGGAGAUGUCCAAAUGGUUGCAGUUGUGAAGCCAGACCCGAAGAUAGACACCUUUUAAUACAUUGCACAACUACAGUUGAUAUAAAUCAACUACCAAUUGCGACUGAUACGAACUUUGUGGGGGCUGAAUUGAACAUUGGAAAUGGCAAUUUGACAAAAUUACCAACAAUUUCAAAGUCUCCUGGUUAUAGCAAUGUGACAAAACUUUUUGCAAACGGGAAUCGAAUAUCAUCUAUUAUGAUUGAAAAUAUUCCAAAUCAUCUUCGUGUUCUUAAUUUAAAAGAUAACAACCUAAAGCAACUUAACGAUUCAGUUAUUAAAUUCAUUAGUAAUAGUUCAUACAUCGAACAGCUUUUCUUGAGCAACAAUCCAUGGCAAUGUGAUUGUAAAAGUCUUGAAUUUAUGAAUUUUGUUCAAAAAUUUCGACAAAAGAUUUUAGAUUACAGCGAAGUUAAAUGUAAGGAUGGACGAAAAUUCAAUGUUCUCAAACCCAGUGAUCUAUGUUCCGAUGACAAUAUCUUUGUUAUAAUUAUAAGCACCAUCACAGCCCUUUUGGGAUUAAUUCUUGGAGGUUUAGUCGCUCUUUACUACAAGUAUCAGAAGAAAAUAAAAAUGUGGCUUUAUUCUCAUAAAAGUUGUAUGUGGCUUGUGACUGAGGAUGAGUUGGAUAAGGAUAAACGUUAUGAUGCAUUUGUGAGCUACUCACAUCGAGAUCAAGAUUUUGUUGCAGAUUUUUUGUUGCCUGAACUUGAAAAUGGAACAAUUCCAUAUAAAUUAUGUGUACAUGAACGUGAUUGGACGCCUGGUCUUGAAAUUAGCACUCAAAUUUCCAACUCAGUCAAUGAUGCUAAACGUACAAUUAUUGUAAUGUCUUCAAAUUAUCUACAGUCUAAUUGGGCGCAAUGGGAGUUUAGGGUGGCACAGUCACAUGCAGCAACAGAAAAACGCUCGCGAAUAAUAGUCAUUUUGUAUGGUGACAUUGGAGACAUUAAUAAAUUAGAACCCGACAUAAGAGAUUAUUUGAAAUUAAAUACAUACGUCAAAUGGGGUGAUAAAUGGUUUUGGGAAAAACUAAAAUAUGCAAUGCCACAUGUCAAAUCAAGCGAAAGAAUGGAAAAAUUAAAAGGACUUACGAAAACCUCCAUCAAGAAUUUUUUGUUGCCUGAACUUGAAAAUGGAACAAUUCCAUGUAAAUUAUGUGUACAUGAACGUGAUUGGACGCCUGGUCUUGAAAUUAGCACUCAAAUCUCCAACUCAGUAAAUGAUGCUAAACGUACAAUUAUUGUCAUGUCUUCAAAUUAUCUACAAUCUGAUUGGGCGAAAUGGGAGUUUAGAGUGGCGCAAUCUCAUGCAGCAACAGAAAAACGUUCGU